AUGGAUUUAGAUCUUAGAAUGUCAAUUCAAUGUGAAUCUUCCAGGAAUGAUCUUGGGUCAGAAAAUCGAGAGUCUAAACAAACCCAAGGGCCUGCUGAUCAGAAGGGAGAGGGGCUUUCUAGAUUCUCAAGCACUCAGCUCAACUCAUGUGCAAGGCAGGAACUGCAAAAACUCUUUGAGUUUUUUUACUCAUGGCUGCAGCCAGAAAAGCACAGCAAGGAUGAAAUGAUUUCUCAGCUGGUCCUGGAACAGUUUAUGAUCAGUGGACACUGCAGGGACAAGUCUGCUUUGAAAGAGAAAUGGGAAUCAAGUGGCAGAGACCUGGAGAAAUUCAUGGAAGACCUCACUGAUGAUUGCAUGAAGCCACCUGCCUUUGUCCGUGUCCACAUGCAGGGAGAAGAAGCACUCUUUUCUGAGAAUAUGCCCUUAAGACAAGUUAUUGUUCAUCUCACUAAACAGAAGGCUGCAGGAACCCCAAUAGGAGAGACCUUGGAGACACCCUUCCAGACUCCCCAAGAUACUCUCCUGGAGACAGGACAAGGAGAUGAAGAUGAAGAAGUUGGCUCCAACAUCUCUGUGAAAACUACUCAGGUAAAUGAUAGCAUUACUGUUCAAGGCAGUCAGCUAUCUUCUCUACUCAUUAUCCAGAAAGAGAACAGCCUUGGGCCUGAUGACAAAGGUGUUUCUUGUGAGAACUCUCACAAUACCCGCAGAGUGGGGCUAGGCACCUCUAGGUUCCAGGAAGAGACCCUGAAGGAACAUUUUAAUCAAGAUUUCUCUUUGGAGGUGGAAUCAGAGUUUCUUUGCAAUCCAGAGCAGUCCUCCCCUGAGUCUGUCUCUACCCACCAGAACAAUGAGAGGAACUCCACUUGUGAGGAACAGCAAGAAAGAUUUCAUGGACCCCCAAAACCAUACAAAUGUGGAGAAUGUCCCAAGAUCUUUAGGUAUCUCUGUCAUUUAUCAGCCCACCAGAGAAGACACAGGAAUGAGAGACCAUUUGUUUGUACUGAGUGUCACAAAGGUUUCUUCCAGGCAUCAGACCUAAAGAUGCAUCAGAUAAUUCACAGAAGAGAGAAGCCUUUCACAUGCAGCAUGUGUGAGAAGUCCUUCAGCCACAAAACCAAUCUGCAAGCUCAUGAGAGGAUCCACACAGGAGAGAAACCCUAUGUGUGUUCCCUGUGCCAGAGAAGUUACCGCCAGUCAUCCACGUAUCACCGCCACCUGAGGACUCACCAGAAAAUUACCUUCAAAAGUGUUCCCUCCUCAGCAGAAGCUUCCUCACCUGUCGUCCUGAUGUAAUGUCUAUAAAUAAAUGUGUGCAUGUUGUACACCC